GCAGUGAAACCGCUGGCGCGUGAGAUGAAAUGACAACGUCAACACUGCAGAAAGCGAUUGAGCUGGCCACUAAAGCCACAGAGGAGGACAAGGCCAGGAGCUAUGAGGAGGCGCUGAGACUCUACCAGCAUGCUGUGGAGUAUUUCCUGCACGCCAUCAAGUAUGAAGCGCACAGUGACAAGGCGAAGGAAAGCAUCCGUGGGAAGUGUAUGCAGUAUCUGGACAGAGCCAAGAAACUCAAGGACUACUUGAAAAACAAGGACAAACAGGGCAAGAAACCAGUGAAGGAAACACAGAGCAAUGACGAGGGUAGUGACAGUGACAGUGAAGGAGAAAAUCCUGAAAAAAAGAAGCUCCAGGAGCAUCUGAUGGGUGCGAUUGUGAUGGAGAAGCCCAAUGUGAGGUGGAGUGAUGUGGCUGGACUGGAGGGGGCAAAAGAAGCCCUGAAAGAAGCUGUCAUUCUGCCCAUCAAAUUCCCACACCUGUUCACAGGCAAGUGCACUCCAUGGAGGGGCAUUCUUCUGUUCGGGCCCCCCGGCACUGGGAAGUCCUAUCUAGCCAAAGCUGUGGCCACCGAGGCCAAUAACUCCACCUUCUUCUCCGUGUCUUCCUCGGACCUCGUGUCCAAGUGGCUCGGCGAGAGUGAGAAACUGGUGAAGAAUCUGUUCGAUCUGGCUCGCCAGCACAAGCCCUCCAUCAUCUUCAUAGACGAGGUGGAUUCCCUCUGUGGAUCCAGAAAUGAGAACGAGAGCGAAGCCGCUCGGAGGAUCAAGACGGAGUUCCUGGUGCAGAUGCAGGGUGUUGGUAAUAACAACGAUGGAUUACUCGGUGCUACUAACAUUCCUUGGGUGCUUGACGCUGCUAUUCGCAGAAGGUUUGAGAAGCGCAUCUACAUCCCUCUCCCCGAGGAGCCGGCCAGAGCAGCCAUGUUUCGCUUACAUCUGGGAAACACGCCUCACAGUCUGACUGAAACAGACCUGCGUCAGCUGGCCCGCAAAACAGACGGAUACUCCGGAGCCGAUAUCAGCAUCAUAGUGCGAGACGCUCUCAUGCAGCCUGUCAGGAAAGUGCAGUCCUCUACACACUUCAAAAAGGUGUGAGGGCCGUCUCGCAGUAACAGCUCUGUGAUGGUGGAUGACCUCCUGACCCCGUGCUCCCCCGGUGACCCUGAUGCCAUAGAGAUGACCUGGAUGGAUGUUCCUAGUGACAAACUGCUGGAGCCCAUAGUGUGCAUGACUGACAUGCUCUCUCUGGCGACCACACGCCCCACCGUCAACACAGAAGACCUGCUGAAGGUGAAGAAGUUCACAGAGGAUUUUGGACAGGACGGCUGAAGCACAACACGCCAUUCAAUCCAGUCAACCAAGACUAUCUGCUCUAAACUAACCCGAAUCUGACUUCUUCCGCCCAACACUACACCACAUCACAGUCAGCAGACUGGAAAGAAGA